UGGGGGUGCAUCAGAGGCGUUAUCUGUGCAUUUGAGUGCAUCAGAGGCAUUACUAUACCACCAUCUCUCUUUCUAGACUGCUUGUGACAAUGAAGGACUCGAGGAGUUUGAUGGAAGCAACAGAAGUGGGUUCACGAGUGUAUGAGAAGAAUCUGGUGGAACAGAUGAGGGAAUUGGGGAAACUAAGAACAGCUGUAAUGGUGGAGAAAUGUUCGACUAAGAAUGAAGGGGUCAUGUGUCCCAAACCAAGGAGACGACUUAUGAGGCAUUUUGGAGAGCAUACUGACAUUAAAGUAGGUGGAGAGCUUUCGGAUAUCAUCAUAAGCAAGGCUUCACCACCUUUCUGUUCAGUUUCUCCCCCUGUUCGUGCUAGCAACCCUCUCAUUCAGGAUGUGCGGUUUCGUGACCAGAGGAUCUCUCAGAGCUCUACUCCUGGUGUUCGACUUGAAGGUUUUGGUAAUGUUGAUCACACCCGAAGGACGCAAAGCAUCCCGACAAUGGCGUGAUACCAUUUUGCAGCCAUCUCUCAUCUACCAAGAGAGAGAGAGAAAGAGAGAGCAUAAGCUAAUUGCAGGUUUGAUGAUCAUGUACAGGGUUUUCUUUUAAGUUUUACAGGACAGAAGAUUUGGCUUUUGAAAUGCUUGUACAUAUGCAUGUAUUUUGGUAUGGUUGAUGGUGGGCUCUUUAUGUAUGUACCUUUGUCUCAAACGGUGAGGGUUGGUGAAUAAAAUCGACGAUUUUGAAU